AUGGCAGAGAAUCAAACACUUCGCAACUUGCUACGAAGUUUAGCGUCUUUCAUUGGAGAAGGAGCUGGUGGCCUACUACCCAAGCUUGGCUGGGAUUUGGGAGAUUUCAAUGAUUUCGUGAACAAGUCAGAGACAGAUACUGCUUGGGAGGGAUAUCACAAGCGAAAGAAAGCAGGGUUGGUUGGAACAGGUGCUGCUGCUGCUGCUGCCGCAGACCAAUCUGAGAACUCCGCGUCUGCUCAUCUUUCCAUGAAUCAGUCGGGGAAGAGGCCCUCAGAAAGCGAUCAGGGCAAUGGUCGGUCCAAAAAAUCUCGCAGUGACAGUAAUGAUAUAUCCAACUCGAAUGGGUUCUCCAUGUUGGUUCCAAUGUCAAACUCUCCUCUCCCCUCGGCACCCUUAUACCCUGGUGCACAGCGCCCUCAAGAAAGAAACGGCAUUUUCUCUGAAUUACUUAGAGGUUCCAACGGCUCGCCCAUGUUUGUUCCCUCGCCUGCGGCUGGAAGCUCUUCUCAGUAUCCCACCUCCGGAGGUUCUAAUAUAGAGGGCAAUUACUCUUCUUCCUCGUACAAUAUCCCCGGAGUCAAUAUUAAUAUGGACCAGAACCUUUCAUCCUCUCCCUUCGAUUCCCCUUCUGCUCCCUCCGUUUCUCAACAACGACUUCAACAAGGCGGCGACUCCGGCGCUGGUGACGAUAUCGAACCAGAUGACGAUCCAAAGAAAAAUGAAGCUUACAAGUUGAUUCAUUAUCAUCUGGAAAAUUAUAAGCGAAAUUCAUCAUAUUGUUUACCUGCUUCUCUUCGGCCUACCAUAAUACAAAGGACAAUACCUCACGAAAGCAUUGUUGACCGUGUACUACAUCCAGAGUUGCGAGAUCGGAUGAUUUUACUACGCCAGCAAUUUGAGCUAGUGGAUUGUUUGGUAGAUCAUCGACGCUCUGUCAUCAUACAUGGGGAUGAUGUUCUGGCUCACAACAAUUGGGAGCUUAGUGAAAGCUUUAUUCGCAAGUAUAGUUUCCUGAUCGAUGCUGCCGUACUGAAAAUUACAAAUCGUUGGAGGAGAGAAAGAGGCGAACCCGAAAUUGUUUUGCCUGAAUCUAAUGAUCGCUAG